GAUUAUUUUUACAGAUAAGCAAAAUGGCUCCUGCGACGGGCACAUCUACAUCGGGUGCCAAUCCCAGUGCAGCCCCAAACCCUGGCGGCUACUCGGUCAUGAUGUCAGAAGAAGAUUAUCAUAACACACAAAGCAUGGAGAUGACAAAAUUUGUGAGAGAACAUUUCAAGACACCGAAAGCACCCCCUUACAAGUUAGAGAAGCUUCGCAUCCGUACCAGUCUUACGAGAGUGAACGAAAGAGAUCCGAUGCUAUGGCAGAAGCAUUGCAAGAGACGUCAAGAUCAGCUGACCAGAGGAUUCUUCACUCCAAAUCAUAAAGCUUACCAUUCUAUAGGGGACAUACAGUUAAACAGUCAAAGACUUAUACUUAAUUCUAUGGCAGACUAUCUACCUAAAAAGCUUCCACUACAGUCGUUGACUUCAAGAUUUGGUCGUCGAGAUCACAAGUUGUCACCUACCAAGGCAGAGCAGGUCAAAACACCAGUAAAGGACGUGACGACCAAAGAACGCGUUAAGGAGCUUGAUGUAGAUGAGAAACUUCGUGAACGAGCUCAGAUCACAUCAGGGUUUGCUUACAUACAACAGAGACUAGAGGAAUCAGAGAUGCUACUCAAGGCAGAAAGGGGUGGACAAAGCUAUGAAAAAUGUGUCAAACAAUUAAAGGAAAUGAAGAAGAGACAAUGUGAGAUGAACAAACAGAAAUCACAGUUAACCCUAGUAGCACCCACCAUGGGCACAUGGUCGCCCCUAGGUAGUCCUUCCGGGUCACCAGGUCCAACACUUGAAGAUAGACAAGACACAGAAAGACGAGCUUAUGAACGAAAGAGGAACCUUUGGCUUGGUAAGGUGCGGAGUAUACUCAAGAUCAUUAAUGCACUUCAUAACAUCAAGACUAGAGAUCUCAGGUCACGUGUUCCAUUGUCACAUGAUCAAGUCAAACACAUGUACCGAGAUGUCGUGUGGGAGAAACCAGCAAUAAUCAGUCAAAGCAAGCCUACCCGUCCUGUACAGACAGGAAUGGAAGCGACGACCCGAGCUCACUCCUCAGCAGACACAGUAAGUUCUGGAGAACAAGCUAUGUUGGGUCAUUUGAAAAGUUCUAAACCUGUAUUACCAGCAGUCAACAAGUCAACACUUAGCAUGCAAGGAAAGAGCGAUGUUAACCAAUCACCAAGCCCCGCCCCAUGGAAAAAAUUUGGUUACCAUGGUUUAGCACGUAAAGGGUUUCGUUUAGAACGUGAGAAUAGAAUUGAUACAUGGGAGGAUCUUAUAACAGCACAACCUCCAGGCUCAGGAAAACGAAAUAGCAUGCUACCUACACUCUUAUCAAUGGCUCAUCCUGCCAAUGCUGUCAUGAGAUGGCAUCAGAAUCACAUGGAUCAUAAACAGAAACAACCUUAUUGGAUGACUGUAGGUGUAGCCAGUGACGAAAAGGUGAAACGGCCCCAGGCUAACACAUCUGGUAGUAAACCAAGCGUUGAGGUUGAGCCUGACGCCGAAGCUACAUUAGAAGAUAUCAAACAGACUUUCUUAAAGACACAGAAGAAACUAGCCAGAGAAGCUCUACAGGAUCUUGAACGACUUGAUAGGGACAGACAACGUGUGAUAAAACACAAGUUUCAGGUGAUAACAUUAAGCCCUUUAUUUGAGAAGACGGUGUUUUAUCUACAAUCAGCUAGAGCUCAUCAGGCUGGCCCUGUUAUGACUAUUGAUGACAGUGACGAAAUCAAACUAUCUCCAUGGUACAUGGAUCUGAAAGCAAGUGUCGAGGAUGUAUUGGGCAAGCAUGACACGGAUGUCGUCAAUCUUUUCAAUAAACUCUCACAAUUUUCACUUGAAGAUGGAAAAUCAAUUCCUAAUGCAAAGGAGAAGCUAUGUUUACUAGUGAUGUCGAUGCCGGCGAGUGAUCUCCUAACCAUUCCUAUGCAGCUCGCAAUCGUCUUCGUACUCGAAGAGAUCCUGUGGGCUCCUCCACGUGCUCUAGCACAGUGGCUGCAUCACAAGAAAGUACCCCUGAUCAUCGACAUCGAUCUACAAUCAACAACGUAGUCAUCCAUUGUACAAGUUUCAAUUAGUCUUCUUUUGAGCAUUGUCUUUGUUGACAAUAGAACAUGGUGGAAUCAGUGUUUCCAGCAUUAAAAAUAAUGCUCCAUCAGUAUAGUCUGCCUGGACUUUAUUUUAAAAACAAAACUAUUAGACACUUGCAUUGAAAAUUGGAUCUUGGAUGAAGUAUUAGGAGAAACUAUUUUUGGAGAAACAUAAAAGAAAGUUUAGUCAGCUUCUAAUUAGUAAUGUAGUACAAGUUUCUUUGAGAUAUUAUCUAAAUAUAUUGGAAAUGUAAAAACCAGGAUAUAGUUUCUUGUUGAAAUACAAAAUCAAUUCUGAUUUAGGUAGAGUAUCAUCGAUUCAUAUGCAUAUUAUGUCAAGAAAAAUUAAUGCAUUAAAUUGACAGGAGCUUGGGGACGUUUUGCAGUAACUAAACAAUUGAAAAUCAAACUUCCAUCAACAAUGAACAGAAUUUCAUAUUGCUGCGUGAUGAACUUAGGUUAUUUUGGGUUAUAGAAUUGAAACUGAGCAUGAGAAGUUAGAAUGCAAAAAGCAACAUCUGCGAAGCGCAACGACAAAAAAAGAGCUAGUCCUUGCCAGCGAUGAUGAAGAGCAAAUGUGAUAUUAUGUCUUCAUGUGACUAAUAAAUGAUUAUCAAAAGCACAAUUUUGAAGAAUAGUUCAUUCAUUCAUGUUACUCUUAAAUCUUACUCUGUUGAACUAAUAGGAUAAUGUAAUUUUGUACAAAAUAAAAACAAAAGGUUAUUUUAAUUCCUUAACCACAAGUGAUAAGUAAAAUAACCCAACAAAUCUAUCAAUGAAUAAAUUUGUGAGUUAUUAAUUUGUGAAACACCUAUCAGCCCAUGAAUAGUAAUGACAAUAAUAGCUGGAUUUAAAGAUAAAUGCCAGUUGUGGUAAUGAUUUCAAAAUGAGUUCGUACAGAAUCCA